GACCACAUUUGGGAGCGGGACCAUAAGGCACUUCCGUCCGGGUUCAGCUCUUCCGCGAACCCGGGACACGGGCUUCAGGCAUGGGGUUAGACGGCCUGGCGCGGCUGCAUGGGCUCUUCGCCGCCUACAAGCCCCCGGGACUAAAGUGGAAGCAUCUGCGCGAUACCGUGGAGCUGCAGCUUUUGAAAGGUCUCAAUGCUGGGAAGCGUCCUGCCUCUGAACAUCGUGUUCGCUUCCUGCUGGGCCCCGUGGAAGGCAGUGAAGAGAAGGAGCUGACCCUCACAGCCACCAGUGUGCCCACCCUCAUCGACCAUCCGCUGGUACGUGGACCAGCAUUCACCAGCCUGAAGAUUGGCAUGGGGCACCGACUGGAUGCCCAGGCGUCUGGGGUGCUUGUGCUCGGCGUGGGACGUGGACGAAGGCUCCUCACCGACAUGUACCACGCUCACCUCACCAAGGAUUACACAGUGCACGGCCUCCUGGGCAAAGCCACAGACGACUUCUGUGAGGACGGGCGGCUGGUGGAGAAGACGACGUAUGACCACGUGACCAGAGAGAAGCUGGAGCGAAUCCUGUCCCUGAUCCAAGGUUCCCAUCAGAAGGCUCUGGUGAUGUACUCCAACGUUGACCUACAGACCCAGGAGGCCUAUGAGAUGGCCCUGAGCGGCGUGCUCCGGCCCAUGAACAAGUCCCCAAUGCUGGUAACUGGCAUCCGAUGCCUCCAGUUUGCGCCUCCAGAAUUCCUCUUAGAGGUGCAGUGCAUGCAUGAGACGCAGAAGCAGCUGCGAAGGCUGGUGCACGAAAUCGGCCUGGAACUGAAGAGCACUGCUGUCUGCACCCAGGUGCGGCGUACACGCGAUGGUUUCUUCACCCUGGACGAUGCCCUCCUAAGGACCCAAUGGGACCUACCCAGCAUCCAGGAUGCCAUCCAGUCCGCAGCACCCCGAGUGGCAGCAGAGCUGGAGAAGAACUUGAGGCCGGGGCUGGGCACCCAGUAGCCCUUCAGUCCAGGCUGGCCCUGGGACUCCGAGGGGCCAAGCUCUGCCUUGGGGCUGGAGAGCCAUGCGGGACAUUGAAAGGCCAGGCUGCUGGGGGAGCGGUGGGUGUAUAAAGAUAAGAAUUGUUCAUGAGCCAGAACUGAUGACUGUGCAGAAUGUGGGGGGUGGGCGGGAGCUUUUUAACACAUGACAGAAAACCAACAGGGACUUUCCUGGUGGUCCAGUGGUUAGGACUUGGUGCUUUCGCUGCCAGGACCCUGGGUUCAAUCCCUGGUCAGGGAACUAAGAUCCUGCAAGCUGCAUGGCACGGCCAAAAGAAAAUAAAAGAUCAACAGACUUGGCUUAGUUAAAAAGAAAAAAACUUCUGUACAGUGGAAAAGAUGCUAAAUGAAUGACAGACUGAUAAAAAUAUUUGUUAUAUACUUAAGAACUAAUAUCUAUAAUAUAUAAAGAGCUCUUAUAAAACAAUAAGAAAAAGAUGACAAGAAAAUGGGUCAAAUGACAUGAAUUGUGUGUUUAUACAGCAAAACAAAUCCAAAUGGCCAGUAAACCUGAAAUGAUGCUCAACUUCUCUAAUAAUGAAAGACAUUCAGAUGAAAAUGAGAUGACUUUUCCUUGCCUUUCAAACAAAUUAAGAAAAGAUAACACCCAGUAUUGGGGAGGAUGUGAGAAGAUGGGCAAUCUGUACUGUUGGUAGGAAUAUACAACUGUGUAACCUUUUAGGAGUAAUUUGGUAGUAUGUAUCAACAUUUGAAAUAUUCCUGCCCCGGGGAAUUCCUUGGUGGUCCAGUGGUUAGAAUUCAGCACUUUCACUGCCGUGGCCCGGGUUCAAUCCCUGGUCAGGGAACUAAGGGUCCUCAGCAGCCAUGGCUCACGGGCCCAGCUGCUCCGCGGCAUGUGGGAUCUUCCCGGACCGGGGCACGAACCCGCGUCCCCUGCAUCGGCAGGCGGACUCUCAACCACUGCGCCACCAGGGAAGCCCAAUUUCCUCCUUUUUAUUUGAUAAUUUCCACCAGAAUACAAACAUGCUAUUUAAUCUCCUAUCUUAAAAGCAAACAAACAGAAAACAGCAUGGCAGGUCCUCAAAAAAUUAAACAUAGAAUUACCAUAUGAUGCAGCGAUUCCACUUCUGGGUAUAUACCCAAAGGAACUGAAAGCAGACUCAAACAGAUGUUUGUGUACCCAUGUUCAGAGCAGCAUUAUUCACAGUUGCCAAAAGGUGGAAAUAAUCCAAGUGUCUAUUGAUAGAUGAAUGGAUGAGCAAAAUGUGGUCUAUCCACACAACAGAAUAUUAUUCAAACACUAAAAAGGAAGGAGUUCCUGACACCUACUACAACAUGGGUGAACGUUAAAGACAUUAUGCUAAGUGAAAUAAGCCAGUCACAGGAAGACUAAUACUGUGUGAUUCCAUUUAUAUGAGGUACUUAGAAUAGCCAGAUUCACUGGGACGGAAAACACAAUGGUGGUCGCCAGGGGCUGGGGAGUGGGGAGUUAAUGUUUAAUGUGUACAGAAUUUCAGCUUUGCAAGGCAGAAAGAGAUAUAGAGAUAGACAGUGGGGAUGGUUGCACAACAAUGUGAAUGUACUUAAUGCCACCAAAUUGUACACUUAAUGACGCUUAAAAUGGUAAAUUUUAUGUGUAUUUUAUGUAUAUUUUACCCUCAAAAAAGCUCCACACAGAAAAACAA